AUGGAUAGACCUCCAUAUUCCGGGGCAAGACUGCAAGGGAGUAGAACGUCAGAUGGACGUUUUGGUGCCAGCAGAGAGGGUGGGAGGGAAACAAAAUACUCCAUUUUUGACGAUCUUCUUGGACAAGACCAUCAGAGGGCAAAGGAGCAAGGGGGACUGUUUCCUCUUCUUCGGUGUUUACUAGAAGUGACGACGCACACUGCCCUUGGGGCGCAUGUCAACAUUCUCACUACCCUUGCAUUCGUUCGAGCUGCAAGACAGGAAUGCGCCCGACUCGAAAACUCGAUGAAUGGCCCACAGCAAGACACGCUCGGCGCCUCAUUAGCUCUGUUUAGGGACAAUAUAGAGUGCAUAAAACGCCUGGAAAAUAUCCUGCUCGAGGAUUGGGACCACACCAAUGACUCCAGUAUUUUCGACUCCAAAUCGGUUCUCGAGUGUCGAACAAGUAUCGAUUUGUGGGAGCAAAAUCGCACACAGGUUGUCAACAAGCUUCUCAGGGUCUCUGAGUUGUCGGGAGAAUCAAGGCCCGACCCAGAUAAUCUCUGGGAGGCCCGUCGUGAUGAUGCACUCAUUCUGCGUACCAUGGUGGAGCAUAUCCCGACAGACAGCGGAGUUACUGAUGACAACUUCAAACAAUCCCACAAUGCUUUACAGAAUCUUAUGGCCUUGGCGGAAAGUGAAAAGCAAGGAGCAGGAGGUGUACAAUACAGUCUUGAAAGAAAGGCAAGAGUAAGGACUGCAUACGCCAUCAAAGCGGCUUGGCUCAUCCGUGUUACAGUCGAAGAGUCCAAAAAUAAAUCUUUCACGAAACCUCUCCGCCGAAGGUACCUUCGACGCACAGAUGUUUGGGCUACCGCAUAUGACUUUGUAUCAUCCAUAGCUAAUGGUAACGUCGCUCCCACAGAAGUGGAGCAGAAGUAUCAGACCUUUGUGUACAAGUUACUCAGUGCGUUUGUAUUAAACACGGACAGCACCCUUUCUCCUCAAGCUCUCCUAGAUCUCUUCGCAGCCGGCGCUCAUGUGUCUCGUCCAUUCAUGUCCCAGAAUCACGCAUUAGUCGAACUCUGCUAUGAACUUGGACAGCAGUACAGCAGCACUGGUGUGGGAGACUUGGACAAACUUGAAGCAGUACAAGAUGCUAUUUCACGGUGUUUGGACGCAGCAAACGCUGCUCGACGAGAACAGGUGAACUUGGCGACGAUGCAGCAGCCCAACAAAGGCGCCAUUGAGCAAGCGUAUCGGAUUGCUUAUGAAUCGGUCAAAGCUGCACUUCGAAGUUUAUCUAGUCCCGAAAUCAAUACCAUCGACGCCACCAUGACACAGGCCAGAGCAGAGGAUGAAGAGCGUAUGAGAGCGUACCAAGAAAGAUUCGCAAAAGCCCAGUUGACGCAGCCGAGCACCAGAAUGGUUCGAGUGAGGAUGGGUAACCGAGACAUCAUCGUCCCAGAUGAUACACGGAUUGCCGCGCUCAUCUGGAGCGAGCAACAGAAUACACGGCAGAGAAUUAUUGGGAUCAGGAGAGGUGGUGUCCUCGUUGAGCCUCAUCGGACGAUUGGCGAGAUUGCUGGAGGUGCUGGUGCUCUGCAGCUCGACAUGCAGUUUGCUACUUCUUGA